ACCAGUCGCGCCAUGUUCGGUUUCCAACCCUCUAUCCCACCCCUUCCCUCUGACCUCUCCUUCAACGGCAAAACCGCUCUCGUUACCGGAGCCAACGUCGGUAUCGGCCUGUCUACCUGUCUCCACCUCCUACAACACAACCUCUCGACGCUUCUCAUCAGCGUUCGCUCCGCCUCCAAAGGGACAGCUACAAAGUCCCACCUCCUCUCCGAUCCCAUCGUCAAAUCCCUCGCUGUCCAGCCUACCAUCCUCAUCUACCAGGCCGAAUUCUCUGAUCCGAAGUCCGUGAAGGCGUUAGCGGAUAAGGUCGCGGUGGACUUGGGAGAUGCGACGUUGGACGUAGUGGUGCUGAAUGCGGGCCUCGUCGGUUGGGAUCUCGUAAGGUCCGAGGCGACUGGCUUCGAGAUGAUGUUCCAGGUCAACUUCGUCUCCACGGCUCUCCUCGCGAUACUCCUCCUUCCCCUCCUCAAACGCUCCCCAUCUACUGUGUCAUCGUCUUCUCCCGCCUCAAAUGAACCUGCUCGUCUCACCUUCGUCGGCUCCUCAGCCCAGUCCUCUACUUCCCUAUCCAAUCGUUCUUCUGCUCUCGCGUCGUCGAGCAAACCCCUUUUCGCGCAACUUUCCGAGUCAGCAUCGCGCACGAUGGGAAUGCUCCGAUAUGGUGAUUCCAAGAUUUUGAUCUACAUGUUCGUCCGCGAACUCGCGAAACAUGUCGACGUCAAUUCCGAUGGCAGCAGUCGUGGAGUAGUGGUCAACGAUAUGUGUCCUGGAAUGGUGGCGACAAGUUUGGAGAGGACGAUGCCGGCGUGGAGUACACCGUUCCUGUGGCUCAUAAAGGGGUGGAGGGCGAGGACGCCCGAAGUCGGAGGGAGGACGGUGGUGUAUGCAGCCGCUUUGGCAGGCAAGGAAAGUCAUGGUGAAUUCUUGAACCACGAGAAGAUCGCCAGGACGAAGGCAUUGGAGUUCAUAGAGACUAAGAAUGGGACGUCAAUUGAGAAGAGGGUUUGGGAGGAGAUGUUAGCAUUGACACAGGAGGUAGCUCCGGGAAGUGUUGAUGCCGCAGGACUUCAUUAGUCGCCAGUUUGUCGCGCGUAAAUUUGUGAUUCCC